GAGGCACUGUUUAUCAAUGGGGAGUUAGGAAGCUGUUCUUGGACUUCUCAGGUGUUGUUCUUAAACUGAGACAGCAGUUCUUCAUGAAGUUGCUGCGGCUGUGAUAGAAAGACGGCUGCCGGACACAGUCGCGGUCCACGGCAGGUGGGACUGCUCCGAUGGCACUGGACAAACGAGGAGUUUUCAGAAUGCUAAUUUUUUUGUGGACAAGAAUUCGUUCAUGGUGAAUCUAUAUCUAUGACUCGAAGCAGUCUUUAAAGACUGCGGCAUAUUGCCAUAAACGCGGUUGUUUUAUGAUAUGAUUGUUCAUGCCUGUUUUUAUUUUUGAUUUGCUCGUGUGCCACGAAUGCAUUGUUCAGAGAGCUGCUUCGUUUAUUCACGGUGGUUGCAUUGUUUAGUGUGCUGUGUUCAGUGACGUGUGGAAUAUUGUGUCUCGCCUGUUGCACACUGGAGUGUUGGAAAUAGCAAGAUAAGAGGAAACCAACUAUGAACUAACGUGAAAACAACCAACUUGUGUCCCGCGCACUUGUAUGACCUUAUGCAGUUGAGAACGUUGUUUAAUUCCUACCAGACCUAGAAGGAACCCAGGCAAGCUAAAAAGAUGCAGUCAUUUCUAUGAAUAGUUCUUACUGGAUUAAACUGCUGAGCCUAUUGUGUCAACUAUGCAUGAAUCAUGUCGUGUGUUUCUUCGCUCGCGCCAGACUCCUAGCAAAUAUUAUAUUUCUUUGAACAAGGUCGAUAUCUAAUCUGAUCAGGAGGAUGAUUGUUCAUCGAUAAUUUAUUGGAAGGGUUUGCAGUUUGUUCAGGCUUGUGGCAUUCAUUUCUACCCUCCUGCGUGAGACAUCAACGUCCGUGGAGAGGGCGUUGUCUCGUUGGGUGUGUGACUGUAUACGUCAUCAUGUCGUUGCUAGUGACGUCAUGCACGAUGGGUCAACAGCCCGACCGGCUGCUGAACAAGGGGCCGGACUAUCUGCGCACGCGCACGAACAGGGGAUUGUUUGAUACAGCGGUCACAGCAAGCAUAAGCAGAAGGAACCACCACGCUCCAAGUCGGACUAUGAUCUGUCUCAGAUUAGGGCGGCUCUCGCGGCAGAAGAUGAGGGCGACGAGAAUAACAACAACAACAACAGCAACGACAACAGCAGUGAGGAUCAACUCGACAUUGCCCAGUCGUCUCCCAAGCUCGAUGUGCUUGAAGGUACGGAGCGAUUGAGUCUCCAUGACAACGGUGUAAGCAUCGACAGCCCAGACAUAAGAGAAGUACACGGUUCGCUGCCGACAGAGACAAGUGAAAGAGAAAUACACACUGUGCCUUCUAGUACUGAGGUAGUGCAUGAAGAGAGUAGGAUUCCUUACGAAGGCCAUGGGAAGACAACAGUUGAUGAAGCAGACAGCCCGAAACUGACCAUCCUACGUAAGGGCGUUUCACGCAAUUCACCGCUCACACAGCAACUAGCGAGUGGUGAAGAGAGCAGGGGAUUAGACAGCACAGCUCGUACGCCGGACGUGGUCGAUGAAACCAACGCUAGAAGGCUUUCCUCAAACUCUGCUCAUCGUGUCCCAACGGAAGAACUGAAGCUUAGUUCUUCUGCGCCUAAACCAUUACCGCGGAAGUUGAAAAAGAAACCUGUUCCCCCUCCCAGAAAACCGUGCCUGAAGUCUCUGAACGUUGACGGCUCCACAUUGACUCCUCCUACCAAAAUUAUUUCUCCCGACAGCACGGCUGAUUUCUCUGCUUCACCUCUGACCCCUCGAGCCAGAGAGGGCAGCGGGCAGAGUCCUUUGGAAACCCCACGACGGAAAAGUGCUCCCAGCAUUUCAGCAUCAACUGAACAAAAGCCUUACAUUAUAAGAAAAAAGAAAUCGUUAGUAGAGUCUCUGACGCAGCAUUUUACAGCUCUUAGUGCGCAUUCAGAUUCCUCAUCUCCUUCUAACGAAAAUCGAAAGUCUAGUUUCGAAGACGCUGGAGUGUGUAGCCCUCUGUUGGUUCCCGAGCAGAAAGACGUGAGUACCCCUACUUUUGUGAAACAAGUCAGUAAUGACACAGUGAUCACGUACACAGCUACGCCCAUCUUCAUCAGCAAGCCCUCGCCAAAUCCAAACAACCAACAGGAAACAUUUCGUGCCACUCCCGUGACCACAUUUCUUAGCAGUCGUGAGAUUUCUUGUCCCGAUUCCUCAGGGAGUUCCCGAAACACAAGAAGUGCCCAAAUCCCGACCAGUAGAAAGCGCUGCCCCGAUGUGCCCGUGUCCAAUAAGUACAGCAAACGUGAGAGAAAGUGUUCGUUGGGAUUGGAUACAACAAAACCUGCAUACACUGCUGUGUCCCCUGGAUUUGUCACUUCCCCCAGCUCCAUUGAGAUCGACGUGAAUGAUUCUGUUUUCGAAAGACAUACCCAGAGUGAUAGGAAACAUUUGGGUUUGGAGCCAGCGCCUGUUAUCUCCUCUGUGUUUUCUUUUCCCCACAACUCUGCCAAGAUUGCGGACCCCGUGGCCAGAAGCGUUACGUCAUCGUCGGCCUCCAAGUCGGAGAUGUCCAUAGAGAGCGUGGACCAGGCAGUGUGCGAGUCCGAGGUCAACGCUCUCCCCGCCGCGCCUGCCUCCUCGUCCUCCACGGUCGACAUCAUGGACGGGAUGCUCGGAGGAGGAGGAGGAGCUGACGACUGCGGGGGCGGGCUCACCACAAAACGCGAGGUCACGAGGUCAAACUCGUCCCUCAGCGGCAAGAUGGAGGCACUCGACAGCGCGGCUGUUGCUGCUGUUUCUGCGGGGGCCACGAUGAGAUCGCACUCACCGACCUUACACCACCACUAUCAGGGCUGUGCGUCCACGUCACCGUCCUGCGUGCCACGUUCCCACUCUGACAUAAGCUGCCGGCUGGAAGGACAACACUCUCGUGAUAGUUCCAUCGUGUCCAGCCGCAGUCGGUUAUCGCGAGCCUCCGCGGGUGCCGACCUCGAGAACUUCUUCAACCAGAUGGGUCUGGAGAAGGGAGUUCUGGAACCUAUCGCGAGGCUGAAAGAGCUGCAGGCGUGUGAGGUCUUUGACAGCGUCAGCUCGCUCGACUCGCAGGAUGCGGCCAGUAUUUGUAGCACGUAUUCUCGCAGUGAGCAGGAAUGGACCGAUUCGCAGUCAGUGGAGAGACUUCAGCACCCGACCUCUGUGGUGGAGAGAAACGCCAGGAUUAUCAAGUGGCUGUGUAACGUACGCAAAGCUAAAAUCGCCAAAUCAGAAGCCGAGGCUGCGGGGAAGGGAUGAGGGGGAAAAUAUAACCAAUGAACUGGCCAGGUGUGAUAAAUAAGAGUUUCAUUUGUUGUUGAUUUUGUUAUUACGACGUGCAAAUAGCUUUCAGUCCUCAGAGAUGAUAACUUUGAGCCAUUUUGCAGUUUUCUUCAUCAUUAGCAUAACGAGGAUUUUUGCUCUAGAACUGAAGAGUGCCUAAGCAUGCUUGACUUUCACAGCUACUUUUGACAACAUAGAUGUAGUCGUCACUACCCUAUGGCCUUUACUAUUUUACAUACGUAUGAGUGCGCCUGGAAUCUUGGAUUCACAUGACUCUUUCUACGUUUGCCUUUGUUUAUUUAUUGAUACCUCGUUUGAUUGUCUUCUUCCAUAAGUGGAAUUAAUCGUAGAUGUAUCGUUCACGAAACCUUUCACAGCAACGGAAGUAACAAGAACAAGCCUGAGAACUUGCAUUCCACAUUCCUGUGAAUGAAGAAGGAGAAAAAAACAACACACCAGUUUGUUACAGCAGGACUUCAGCAUCAUGACUGACCUAUGCAAUAUGGUGUUGAUGGUAUGAGUUUGUAUUUUAAUGAAGGUCUUUUUUGAUUUUCUAGAGCGUCCUUUUAUUUAUUUGUCAGUGGCAAUGCACUUUCUUUGUUGUCAGGUUAUUUUCUUGUGCUUUAUGUUUGUGCUCAACAGACUCUGUUACUUACUGAGAGUAUGCAUUUAAACUCUGCAUUUGAAGAGAAAACGAAGUCUUCUUAUUCCUACUCUAAUUGAAAAUUUAAGAUGCAAGAAAAAUUUAAGAAGGACUUUUGCAUUUCUUCAUAGUUUGUGAAACCUUAUAGGAUGUAGUUUUUUUCUGUUCUACUGUAAGAUUGUGUAUAAUGCAUAUUGAGGCUAAAGUUGAAAAUGGGUUUUAGUUUAGCAUGAGUCAAUCAAUUAUCUCAGACCAUGUUACUGUUGGCAACAAAAAAAAGAUUGCAGAUAUACAGAUUUAGGAUUGAUGGAUAAAUGGUAAUUAUUCCAAAUAUUUUAAGUCCCUCAUCGUCCUAAGGUGGUGGUGGGCUGCUUUGAUGAUUUCUGUCAGGGCCAGUGCACACUGAAAGGGUUGCAGUAUCACAAAAGACGGACACAGUCAACGAUGAAAUUGACUUCCCUGCUUGGGAACAAACUCACAGGGUUUUUUUGGUGUGUUUUGUAUAAUGGGGAAGACCUUUAGCGUUACACCACAAAUGUCGAAAGAUUUAGACUGACAUGACAUUUAUUUGAGUAGACCUAAUAUAUUUAUUUGCCUCUCGAGUGAACUAGCCUUAAUGGAGAUCUGAACGAACAAAAGGUGGUUUUUUUUGGUGUAGUUUAUCUGUCUGCUAGGUACUGAAUGAGGCUUGGAUCAUGCACUCCCCCCCCCUCCCCUCCCCCAGGACUACAAUUACAGCAGGACCAAGUGUACUUAUUAUAUCAAGGUUGUUUUUUUAUUGUCCCUUCUCUCAGACUAAACAAGAUACUUGCAGUUCAUUAUUGAUUUAAAAUGAGUAUUGGCUUUGCCUACUCCUUCUCUUCUUUUGCAGACUAAACUUUUAAAUAAAAAUUUAAUGGGUCGUCUUAGUUUCUGAAAAUGAAAAUGUGGAUGAUUUUUUAAAAUAUCUAAAUCAAAUGGACCAACAAAAUAUUUGUGACAUUAAAUUAUCCACCUUGCCAUCACAUCACUAAUGCCAUUUCCAUUUUCUGUUUUGUGUUUUUUUCAUUGCUCAAAUCUCCAUUCUGUACGUUCUGUAAAUUGACUGACAAUGUUUCUCUUUUCUCUGAUAAUAAGAAAAGUCAGAUCUUUUAACUUUUCUAAAUGGCAGUGUUCAGUUAGAUUUAAGGUCUGCUGUUACUGCUUUCUUUUUAAGUUUUCUCAGACUUUGACAUUUUCUACCUUCAUCUUCUGUCAGUUCUCUUACAAGCUGCUAUGGUAGCAAACUGUUGAUACUUACCAGUCGUGUACGGGAUCUUUGACAACUUGCUUACAGGAUGCUAUCUAUGUGGUUCAAACUUCUUUUGUCGUGUUAUUGUCAAUAAUGGGUCUCUAGUGUCAUGUUACAUAUUCCACUUCUUUACCUUUUGACAUUGUUGAAUUCUUUCAGUAAUGUGCGUUUUAAUUGUUCUUCACUUGUGAGUAAAUUAGUAAACAUUACAGCGAAGUGAAAUGCGUUAGUCUAAGUAAGAGACACUUUGAGAUCUGGUGAAAAAUCUUCAAGUUUCUUUGCAUUCCAAAUGCUGAUUUAAUGUGCACCACCAUAUAUUAUUAUAUCGUAGUUACGCCAUUCAAGCGCUGCUGCUUUAUUUUGGGUCUUAAUUUUUGUAGAAAUUGUAAUGAAAAUAUAUCAUUCUCUUGUUCCGGGGAGGGGGGGGAUUAUUUAAACUCUAAAGAAAUGUGUUUUUAAAAUACUGCAUUAAGAUUGAUUCCAGUGAGGGAUGUGCUGUUUAUUGGAGACUUUCUUUCACAUCAACUUUUAUUUGUAUGCUUCAGCCAGAGCCGUAUUAAAUUCCUGCUCAGUAUUUUUUGUAUGUGACAUUUACUGUGUGGGUCAUCCAUAUGAAGGCAUUGCUUGUAUUGCUUUUUUUUAAAGUACAGUACAUGAAAUAUUGUGGUCGGUUAACAGAUGCUCUUGUGUGGUUUGCUCCUUCUUUCCUGUCCAACAUCUAUUACCCAUAUCUCUCUUCCUUCUUUUUUAGUAUGUUACUCUCUAGGUACACCUCUAAUCUUCAGCACUUAUAUUAUUACCUAACUGUAUAGUAUUGCAAGUGCUGUAAAACUCUCACUAAAAGUGAAACUUAUACCUGAAAUAUUGUUACAUCUUGAUGAUGCUAUUUAUGUUUCUGCUUGCUGCCUCUUCUUCUUUUCUUACUUGUGGUCAAUCUUUCAUGUUGUUCUACAGCCUUGACUAUACCAAUAUAAUAUCCUUUACUUCAAUUGUUACUUUAAGAUUUCAAAUUGACUGCUUUAUAUGUUUUAACAGACCAUGCUUUUUAUUUAUUUCUAAGAAGUUAGCAUUUGGGUUAUAGUAAUGAGUGCAGAGCUGCUAAUUGCAGGAUAUGAUUUUUCUUUGUGGAAAUUCAAUAUCUUUAAAUUCGUUGAUCUACAUAUUUUGUUGUUUUCGUACCUUGGUAAUUGUGUCGUAAAAUUUGAUGAAGUGAUACCACAACAGUACAUUUUCACAUGGUGUGAAACAGAAUAGAUAUUCUGUGUUUAGAUUCUA